UCCAUUUUCCGUUUUCUACUCUCUUUUUUUUUUUUCUCUCAAAAAUGGCGUCUUUAUUACCAAGCUUGUCAUCCCCAAUUUCCCGUCUAAGCUUUCUACUAUAUCGACCCUCACUUCAUCUUACAAUCAAAGCUACAAAUAAAUUACAAUUUCACAACAAAUCAGUUAAAAAAAACCAGUCGUUCAAAUUUUUUCCAGCUCAUUGUUUUUCUAAUUCAGCUGCUAAUUUACAAAUGGUCCAAACCCAGAAACAAAAACUGGGAGAAAAUGAGAAUUUAGUUGUUUUGGGCAUUGAAACUAGCUGUGAUGAUACUGCUGCCGCUGUGGUAAAUAGCAAUGGUGAAAUUCUCAGCCAAGUUAUCUCUUCUCAGGCAGAACUGCUUGCUCGAUAUGGAGGAGUUGCUCCUAAGAUGGCAGAGGAAGCACAUGCACUGGUGAUUGAUCAGGUACAUCCUGUCAACCCUGAAGUACUUUGUUUCAAGAACUUGUAAACGGUUGGUUAGAACGAAUCAAUUGAUUGAUGGUCUAUAUCUUUUAGGCUAUAGUUAAUGGAUACUCUUAAAUUAUAAUUAUGAUUAUAUAGACUAUGAUUCUAUGCUAGAAAAUUUUUCAAAUUCCAUUUCGGUUUUGGAGUUUGAGGCAUGCCAAUGAUUGUCGUGUUAGGAGCACGGUGGAUGUUGUUUUGAAGGACUCACCCCCAAAUUCCCUUCUUUGUACAAUUCCGGCUUAUAUUAUUUACCACAGCUCUCGCACUUCUAAGUUUGAUAGCUUCUUAAUCUGAUUU